AUGUCCUCAGAGAGCAAACCAGACGUUGCGCAGGGCGCGAGAAACAUCCGCGCCUCAGUACUUCACGGAGCAAAAGAUCUGAGAAUCGAAAACCGCACUCUCUUCCCACCGUCCCCAACAGAGCUUCAAAUCAGCGUCCGCAGUACCGGUCUCUGCGGUUCAGAUCUUCACUACUACCGCCACUACCGCAAUGGCGACAUCAUCGUGCGAGAGCCCAUGUCGCUGGGCCACGAAUCGGCUGGUGUGGUUGUAGACGUAGGUUCAGAGGUGUCGGGUUUCAAAGUCGGAGAUAAGGUCGCGCUGGAAGUUGGACAGCCGUGCGAGAACUGUGAGAGGUGUAAAGAGGGGCGGUAUAACAUCUGCAAAGGCAUGAAGUUCCGGAGUAGUGCAAAGGCGUUUCCGCAUGCUCAGGGUACGCUACAAGAUCGGAUCAAUCACCCGGCUGCUUGGUGUCACAAGCUACCAGAGGAUAUGUCGCUGGAUCUAGGAGCCCUCCUCGAGCCUCUCAGCGUCGCCAUCCAAGCAUCGAAACGCGCACAACUAGCACCAGGUUCAACCGUGUUAGUUUUUGGAGCCGGAGCUGUAGGCCUACUUGUGGCAGCCAUGGCGAAGAUAUCAGGUGCUGGCACCGUGGUGAUAGCAGACAUUGACGCUGGGCGAGUGCAAUUCGCCGUCGACAAUAAGUUUGCGCACCACAGCUACACAGUGCCUAUGAAGCGUGGAAGCACAAUAGAAGAGCAGCUGGAUAUCGCGAAGGAAGUAGCUGCCGAGGUCGGAAAGCUGUCCAAGGAGAGUGGUGGUGAGAUUGGCGAGGUAGAUGCCGUAUUCGAGUGCACCGGCGUACCGUCAUGUGUUCAAGCAUCGAUAUAUGCAACACGACCCGGCGGCAAGGUUUUGCUCAUCGGCAUGGGCACGCCCAUUCAAACACUACCAAUCUCCGCAGCUGCACUUCGUGAGGUCGAUAUCCUUGGUGUGUUCAGAUAUGCGAACACGUACCCCACUGGUAUCGAAGUAGUGUCAAAGACAGGCGAUGACUACCCUGCCUUUGCUAAGCUGGUAACACACACCUACAAGGGCUUGGGGUCGGCAGUCGAGGCAUUCGAGAUGGCCGGAAAGACCAAAGACGAUAGCGGCAAGCUGGUCAUCAAGGUUGUGCUUGAGACUGGUGAGGAAGAGAAGUCGAAUCUUUGA